ACCGCGACGAGCGUUAUCACGACACUCAGUCGGUGUCCGCGAGCCGCGACGUACGUCCGCGACGCUGCCAUCUUGUGACGGGAUUGUGUGUGACUUGUGCCGUGUCGUGUACGACUUCGUACCAACCGUUUGCAAUAUACAUCGCUCGCUACACGUGCCGCGCAUCCGAGCGAUAUUUUUAUUGGCCCAAAGUUUCUAGUUCACGGUCGGUGUUAUAUUACGGCAAAAAGGCUAAGCUGUCAAAAAUUGUAAACAAUCGACACGUGCCGACUCGCAAUAAGCGAGGGGCCAAAAUGACAACAACGGCUGAAGGCACGCGUCGGUCGCAUGCCUUCACUCCGGGAAAGAAGAUAGAAGCUAUCCAGAGAGUGAACGACGGCGAGUCCAAGGCGUCGGUCGCGAGGGACAUCGGAGUCCCUGAGUCGACGCUGAGGGGCUGGUGCAAGAACGAGGACAAGUUGCGAUAUAUGACGUCACAGCUCUCCUCACCAGACACCGACAGAAGCAACGACGGUGAACCACCAGACAAGCGCUGCCGGACCGAAUCUCCUGAUGCAUCCCGUUCUCCAAUCGCGUCUGGCUUGGACCUCUCCGCUCCGACCACAGUUGCCCACAGUUUACCACAACCCACCCCACCCAUUGACACUCCAGUAGAACUAACGACAAAACGCCCCGUUCCUUCCCCGCCGCACCAUGCCCCUCGCGAACGAAGACCAGACCCUGGUGCCAGUGUCUCCAUGAGCGCUAUCAGCCCUCUCUCCGGACUCGGCCACUUGCCGGGGCUGACUCAUUCACAUUUAGGCUUGAGCUUUAACGAAAUCGCUACAAAUUUAAGUCUAUUAGCACAACUUAAUCCAGGCUUAUCGGCGCUAUCUGCUCAGCCCGCAAGCCGCGCCCUGCGUUCAGUACGAUCGCCCAAACCAGCCCACAACAGUGUCCUAAACCUUAACGAAACGAAACACAGGAGUAAAUCCAGUCAUUCGUCGGAUCAUUAUAGGCAUAGCUCUAAAUCAAGUCAUCACAGUACCACGAGCUCUGCGAGCCAGCCAGUCGAUGAUACGCUCUGGUAUUGGUUGAAAACACAGCAAGCUAUGCUAGACCUAACAGCGCAAACAACUGCUGCCCAUCCCCUGCACUUAGGAAAGCCAGCUGAACCAACGUUACCGCCGAAGCCUGUCGCACCUGCUCCCCCGAUAACCUCCCAUAUAGAUUACAACAGAAAUUCUUGGCUGUGGCAGUACUAUAAACAGUUCGGUGGAGCGAUGCCAUUACCCGAAGACAAACACAAACCAGCCUCGCAAGUACCCAAAGAUAAAACAGCAGAAAACAUACUCUACUCACAUCUGACAAAAGGUAAAACCGAAGACGAACACUGCGUACCAACAUACGCGCAGUCACCGCCUCGGCAUAACGAUAACCUGAGGGAGCAAAUCAACGAAGAGCCGAGGGCGUCCGACACAGAGAUGGCUAUGAAUCUAGAAGUAGGAACUGAAAAUAAGGAGCCAGUUGCUGAAAGAGUUUCCGACACGGGAAGGAGUCAGACUAAAGCUAGAACAGUUCUGGACAAUCUUCUAUUUAACAACACUAACCAGUCUCAUGACGGUGAGAGAGUGAACGGUAGUGUGAAUGGCGAAUGGGAAGCGGGUACGGCGGAGGCGCUGGAACAUGGUGACAAGUUUCUGGCGUGGUUGGAGUCGAGUGGAGACCCCAGCGUGACCAGGAUGCACGUGCAUCAGCUGAGAGCUCUGCUUCACAAUCUGCGAACGAGGCGGGUCCAUUCGGCCGCCGUGCCCGCCGCCACGGAAACCGCGCGACGCAAAUAAAUAGCUGGUGGAUGACGCACGGCGCUCGCUACAGGGAAUACUACUUCAAUUAUUACGUCGUAAAUAGGUGCGACAUCGCCAGUAAGCGUUCACUUGUGAAUUGUGAUAUGUCUAGCCAAAUUCGCGUACCUUUUUUCUUUGUUCUAAAAGAAAAGCUAUGCAUUAAACCGUUUAUUUUAAGACUAAUGUAGAUAAGUUAUUGCGACGCUGUUCUAUGACGCUUUGUCGCAUGAUUUCAUAAAAUCUGUUUCUGAUUUAUUACUUGCAGUAGAUAGUGGUCAUUGAUGUUAAGGAUAAAACACAUUAAUUUUCGAUGCACAUAAUCUGUUACGUCGGUAGAUUAAUUAGUGCCGAUUCCUGUGGCCAUUAGGAUGACAUUCCUAGCUAAGUAGUUGUUCAAUCCCUGUGUUCUACCUCAAGUCGAAUAUUCUAAGUCACUGCGCUGGAUCCUUUCAAAUGUUUAUCAGUCUCCUCGUGGACUCUCGUUCAAAUACCAAAUAUUGAAAGGACGAUAUUUCGAAUGUGCCAAUCGUGCGAGCACAAUUGUUAAGAUUUAAAUAAUUAUUACGUUAACGCUAAGCACGAAUUGUUUUCUAUUGCUCACUAUAUUAAAGCAGACAUAACGUCUCGGCUCGCGUAUUAUAUGUUAAAGUUAACAGUUAAGGAAACUGUGAUCAAAAUUAUAAAUUAUUGAGAGAUUAUUAAUAUUUUAAGAACAUUCCUAUAGAUUAUCUUAAUGUUAAUUAUAAUGUCCAUGGUGUAUGUGAGUGGGUUUUGAUUGUACCUUGAAGAAGAGUUCAAAUAUAUCUGUUUCUUUUCCUAUAAUUAAGAAAAGUGUGUUAGGUGUUAGCUAUUCGAGCUACUAAAAUGUUUUCGAUGAAUAAUAUUUUGUACAAAAUUAUUAAUUGGAUUAUUAUAAUUAUCCUUACAAAGUUUGUGAUCAUAACAUGUUACAGAAAUAAAAUUGAUUGAACUUUA